AUGAGCGUCAACACCAGCCCCACUCAUGAGAACGUCCUGGAGAUGUUUGAGUUUUUGACCGCUUCGACUUCACUGAACCCGCCCUGUCUCGAGACGUAUAAUGCUUCCUCUUAUGAACUUCUAGAGCGUCGUCAAUUCACUGACAUGAUACAGCUAAUCAACCACCUUCUGUUUGUAGCCCGCAUGCAGCACAAUGAUCAAUUUGCUGCCGCCGUCGCAGGGAUCCUCGAGAGCUGGGUCUUGAGAGGUGAUCCCAUGCCCAACUCCUUCAUCAAUGAGUCUGCCGACUUGUUCGCCACCAUCGGCUACCACUUCCGUGUCAUGCAAUGGUCUGUUUCUGAACAGGCCGUUCAAGACAUGAUCGCCGCUACCAAAAACUUGACUCUGGACGAUGUUGAUCAUCCUCUAGAACUCAUAAUGGACGGCGCUCGCAUCCGCGAAGAUUAUCAUUCCUUCACCCCUUGGGCUAUGACUGCUUAUCCUGGUAUUUUCCACGAUUCUAAUGUGCCUGAGCAGUAUGUUCCUACACUCAACCCGUACAAGACUAAAAUCAAGCCUGACCACAUCUGCGUAGGCUUCCCCUGCAACUUCUGCACGAAAGUGCAAAAGGACUUUCUCGCCCACGAAGCCAAACACUGGGAACCCCAACCCUGCAUCUGCGCCCAACUCGAUCAAGAGAUCAUCGCCAAAGAGCUAGACAAGAAGAUCUGCCCACAAUGCGGCAGACUCUGCAUCGACGAAAACAGACGUAUGAUCCGUAAUUGGAAAGAUGCAGAGACUGGACAUUUGGUCAGAAAGUUCGGUAAAGUUGAUGAGAUGAAGACGUUUGCCAAUACUACUGCUAUUCAGAUGCAGAGGGAUGUUACCGUGCCGGAUAUGGGACGUCAUCUGGAUCUGAACACGAAGAAAUGGCAGUAA